CGCUACAUACGUAGUUCGUUACUCGUAAUAUAUUUCCCCUUAAUCCAAGUUACAUUAGGUAGGUAGUCAGGAUGUUGACCAUCCGCUCGUUAUCGCUACUACUCGCCCUAGGGGCCCUCUCCCUCGUCGACGCGGCACCGCAGAACAGGGGCGGUAGGAAUAGGAAUAGCCAGGGGGCAACUAGAAGUGGAGGACAACAACAGAAACAAGCUACGGCUUUUCAGCAGGCGCAGCAGAUACCGCAAGGCGUCUCGACGGCGACGGAUGGAAGCACCAUCUUGGAUAUGACGGCUAACGUAAACGGCCUCCCCCUCCGCUUCAAAGUCUCUGCACCCGCCGACCAAUUCACAGCCGACUCCGGCGUCGACGGCGGCGCCCAGACGGCCGGUGCAGCCGGCGACCUAGGCCUAAACGUCCUGCUACACGGCGACGGCGGGCAAUCGUUUUUCGACUUCCCCAACCAAGCCGUGCAGGACGGCCUCGCGGGAGUCGCCGUCCUAGCGCCGGACCCGAACCUCUUCUGGGGCGGCGGUUCCGGCCUCGACCGCACCGACGGCGUGGCUCACGCCCAGGCCGUCGCGGACCUAGUCGCGGAUAUCAUGCCGCAGGUCCUAGCGUUCAACUCCAGCCGCGUGAGUUUCACGGGGGUAUCCGGCGGCUCGUUGCUGCUAAGCGGGUUCUUGAUGCCGGGGCACAUGUCGCAGUUCGCCGGCGGCGGAAAGGAGUCCCAGGUGCUCCUUAACUGCGGGGGCUUAGAACCGCAAGUCGCCGUCGCGGACGCGGAUGCCGCCGCGCUGGCAGCGACGCGAGUGCAUUUCCAGAGCACGCAGCAAGAACUAGCGCUUCUGCAGCCCGCGAUCCCCGCAGCGAUCAAAGCCUACGAGCAGAUCGCCACGUCGCAAGGACUGGACGCAGCAGCCGUCGGGGCCCUGCAGACGGUGGAUAACUCGCCGAACGGGGGACACUGCGAGUUUGACGAGCAGGACUUCGUGAGCGGCGUGCAGCUUAUGGCCGAUUCGUUCUCGGCUGUGGUGCAGGGCGGCGAUGGAACGCUGGCGGGAACUAAUGUUAAUGUGCUGAACCCGGUUGUUGGGAACGAGGAGUUGGCCUUUUCGGGGGCUUCGUAA